AGCACAGGCCCGGCCGUUAUAGCUUAUGAGGGUGAUCCACGUGUACAAAUAUUACUCAAUUAUGAAUAUAAUAGAACAGCUAGGUGGGCUGGGUGAUGGUUGAGUAUUGAGACUUGCAUUUCACUGUUUUGAGGUUUGCAGUAGACAGGUGCUUUCCUUAGCGUUGGCAUUACAGUAGUAGUGACUGUUGUCUGCUCUGAGGUUUCAGCUAGCAGAGUAAAGUUCUGGAGCUAGUUAAAUUACAUUCAGCAUCCGUGUCAAAAACUAAGGUACCGGUAUGGCCUUUCACAUCACGAUGGUGACGCUGCUCACCCUAGGAAUGAUGGGUUCAGAGGUCAAAGCAGUAGAAGUAGGCGAGCACACACAACAACUUGCCAGGGCCAAUAACGCAUUUGCCCUCCAUCUUUACAGUGCCACCAGGGCAACUCAUCCAGACCAGAACCUCUUCUUCUCCCCGCUCAGUGUCUCUACCGCCCUGGGCAUGACCCAUCUUGGAGCUAGAGGAACAUCCUCCGCGCAGAUGAGUGAGGUCCUCCGCUUUAAUCUCCUGGAAGAAGAGCAUCUGCAUGCGUCCUUCAAGCAGCUCAACGCUCUUCUCUAUGAGUCCUCCAACAAGUACACGCUGAAGUCUGCCAACAAGCUCUUCGGUAAAGCCGGUGCUGACUUUCUGCAGGAGUUCUUGGACAACACUGGCAAUUUCUACAAUUCGGCAUUUGAGGCGGUGAAAGAUUUUGCAGCCCCAGAGGCAAGGACAAUGAUCAAUGAUUGGGUGGCCAAGGAGACGGAGGAUAAGAUCCAGAAUCUCUUUCCUGAUGGAGUUCUGAACUCUCUCACCCAGCUUGUUCUGGUGAAUGCCAUUUACUUUAAGAGCAACUGGGUCAAGUCUUUCAACCGUGACGACACAGAGCCUGGGGUUUUCAGGAUGAAGGAUGAAACUGCGCAUCUUCCGAUGAUGUUUAAGGAUGGGGAGGUCAUGAUGACAGAUGACAAGGAGAGGAAAUGUUUUGUCCUAGAGAUGCCCUAUGAUGGUGAGGACCUUAGCAUGCUGGCCAUCCUGCCUUGGGAUGAUGAUGGCUUGGCCAAUGUAGAGGAACAACUGUCCAUGGAGGUCCUAGACUUCUGGGACAGUGACCUUGAGCCUGAAAACGCAAUGUACUGGGUUCCAAGAUUCAAGCUAGAGGAUACAUUCAGCCUGUCAUCCAUUCUCCAAUCCAUGGGAAUGGCAGACGCAUUUGAUGCUACCAAAGCUGACUUCUCUGGCAUGACAGGGGACCAAUCUCUGCACAUCUCAGAAGUAAUCCACAAGGCGUUUGUGGAGGUGAAUGAAGAAGGGACUGAAGCGGCCGCUGCAACAGGAGUUACUAUGACGAAAAGGUCCAUUAGUAAGCGUUACAGGCUGAGAUUCGAUCAUCCUUUCUUGUUCCUGAUCAGAGAUCGCCGGACCAAGGCUGUCCUCUUCCUGGGACGAUUAGUAGAUCCCCCUCAUGAUAUUAGGGUUCAUCAUGAGGAGUUGUGAAGCACUCUAAAAAUGCUUGGACUGAAUCAAGGAACAACAUAUGGGCUUUCAUGAAAUAAGUAGAUUGAAAUAAGUACCAGUAGAUGUUUAGCUAACAUUUAACCAUCAUGAAAUGAGUUCUUGGGCAAGUCUUUGUCCCAAAUACUACCGACCACAUCUAAAAUUUCAAUAUAUCUGAUGAAAGUAUCAAGCUGAUGGCCUUACUAAAGCUUGAAUCAGACUUAAAAUGGUAUUUUUAUAUUCAUUUAUGUUCUUAAUUCUGUAAUACAAUUCAGUAAUACUUGGUAACAUGUGAUAUGAACCGGAUACUUGCCCUAUUUCAUAUCUGUACUGAAGAUUUAAGGUUUGUGACUUAGAUACAUGUAAACCAGGUGCUCUUUAAUGAUUUAUAGAUAUCAUGCAAUGGUACUUUGGUGGAGCUAAAUAUGACCAGUGCCAUAUUGAUAUUUUUAGUAUAUUUUUUUAUUCUUGAGUUUUUUGCUUGUAUUGAUAAAUGUGGACUAACCUACUGUAACCUUAAAGUUGAGAACUGGUCAUGCUA